AUGAACUGGAGGUUUGUUGAGCUCCUCUACUUCCUGUUUGUAUGGGGCCGUAUCUCAGUGCAGCCCUCCCACCAGGAACCAGCUGCAACAGACCAACAUGUCUCCAAGGAAUUUGAUUGGCUUAUUUCAGACAGGGGGCCUUUCCACCACUCCAGGAGCUACCUAUCCUUUGUGGAAAGACACCGUCAAGGAUUUACAACCAGAUAUAAAAUAUACAGGGAGUUUGCCCGUUGGAAGGUGAGGAACACAGCCAUCGAGAGGAGAGACCUGGUCCGCCAUCCAGUGCCCCUCAUGCCGGAGUUUCAAAGGAGCAUCCGCCUGCUCGGCAGGAGACCCACCACUCAGCAGUUCAUUGAUACCAUCAUCAAAAAGUACGGCACCCACCUCCUCAUCUCUGCCACCUUGGGAGGGGAGGAGGCCUUGACCAUGUACAUGGACAAAACUCGCCUGGACAGAAAAUCAGGGAAUGCCACGCAAAGUGUUGAAGCUCUGCACCAGCUUGCCUCAUCCUACUUUGUUGACCGUGACGGCACCAUGAGGAGGCUCCAUGAGAUCCAGAUAUCAACGGGAGCAAUCAAGGUCACAGAGACGCGCACUGGGCCCCUGGGCUGCAACAGCUAUGACAAUCUGGACUCUGUGAGUUCCGUCCUUCUGCAGAGCACCGAGAGCAAACUGCACCUUCAAGGUCUUCAGAUCAUCUUCCCUCAGUAUCUGCAGGAGAAGUUCGUCCAGUCGGCCCUGAGCUACAUCAUGUGCAACGGCGAGGGGGAGUACGUGUGUCAGAACAGCCAGUGCCGAUGCCAGUGUGCCGAGGAGUUCCCGCAGUGCAACUGCCCCAUCACCGACAUCCAGAUCAUGGAGUACACACUGGCCAGCAUGGCCAAGUCGUGGGCCGAUGCCUACAAGGACCUGGAGAACUCAGAUGAAUUUAAAUCGUUCAUGAAGCGUCUCCCUAGCAACCACUUCCUGACCAUUGGGAACAUCCACCAGCACUGGGGCAACGACUGGGACCUGCAGAACCGCUACAAGCUCCUGCAGAGCGCCACGGAGGCCCAGAGGCAGAAGAUCCAGCGCACCGCCCGCAAGCUCUUCGGCCUCAGUGUCCGCUGCCGCCACAACCCCAACCACCAGCUGCCCAGAGAGAGGACAAUUCAGCAGUGGCUUGCAAGGGUCCAGUCGCUUCUCUACUGCAAUGAGAACGGGUUCUGGGGCACCUUCCUGGAGAGCCAGAGGAGCUGCGUGUGCCAUGGCAGCACCACGCUGUGCCAGCGCCCCAUCCCCUGCAUCAUCGGCGGGAACAACAGCUGCGCCAUGUGCAGCCUGGCCAACAUCUCGCUCUGCGGCUCCUGCAACAAGGGCUACAAGCUGUACCGAGGCCGCUGCGAACCGCAGAACGUGGACUCGGAGCGCAGCGAGCAGUUCAUCAGCUUCGAGACCGACCUGGACUUCCAGGACCUGGAGCUCAAGUACCUGCUGCAGAAGAUGGACUCGCGCCUCUACGUCCACACCACCUUCAUCAGCAACGAGAUCCGCCUCGACACCUUCUUCGACCCCCGGUGGCGCAAGCGCCUGUCCCUCACUCUCAAGAGCAACAAGAACCGCAUGGACUUCAUCCACAUGGUGAUCGGCAUGUCCAUGCGCAUCUGCCAGAUGCGCAACAGCAGCCUGGACCCCAUGUUCUUCGUCUACGUCAACCCCUUCAGCGGGAGCCACUCAGAGGGCUGGAACAUGCCCUUUGGCGAGUUCGGCUACCCGCGCUGGGAGAAGAUCCGCCUCCAGAACAGCCAGUGUUACAACUGGACUCUGCUGCUGGGCAACCGGUGGAAAACGUUUUUCGAGACGGUCCAUAUCUACCUACGCAGUCGGACUCGGCUCCCUACCCUCCUGCGCAACGAGACUGGCCAGGGCCCCGUGGACCUGUCCGACCCCUCCAAGAGGCAGUUCUACAUCAAGAUCUCGGAUGUGCAGGUGUUCGGGUACAGCCUGAGGUUCAACGCCGACCUCCUGCGCAGCGCCGUGCAGCAGGUCAACCAGUCCUACACGCAGGGCGGCCAGUUCUACUCCUCUUCGUCUGUCAUGCUCCUCCUGUUGGACAUUCGGGACCGAAUCAAUCGCCUGGCCCCCCCUGUGGCCCCGGGGAAGCCCCAGCUGGACUUGUUCUCCUGUAUGCUCAAACACCGCCUGAAACUGACCAACAGCGAGAUCAUCAGGGUGAACCACGCCCUGGACCUCUACAACACCGAGAUCCUCAAACAGUCGGAUCAGAUGACAGCCAAGCUCUGUUAA